CUGUCUCAUCGCUGCCGAUGCUCACAACCUUGCCUGAUUCAUUUAUUAUGGAAUCUUUGCUCACCUUUUAAGCUUUUCUUGUCUAUCGAUUUUCAUUCCUUCGUUUGCACCACCUCGAAGUCGCUAAUACUCCAGCGGACAUAUACGUCCCCUAUUGUUGUCUCCUUAUCGAUUAGGUCACCCUUUUCCCAACCCUCCCAUCGCAGUCUACCGACACUUGAUAAUUGCGCACCGACCGCCGAGCUGUUAAAGGAAUCAGAUAUUCUGUUGUUUGACUCUGCUCCCUACGAACUGCGAUAUGACCGGCCCAUCGAUACAAGAUCGCACUGGUGAAUUCCAGGCCAUCCUUGGACAAGCCCAGAAACGUGCAGCGUCCUCGAAAGUUGGAUCUCAGCGCCAAGCGUUAUUAUCAGACUCCCAGCGACGACAGGCGAAUGGCUCUUUGGAUAGUGCAGAAAAUGGCAAGAGGACCAGGUCGGAGUUCGCUCGACGCGCGGCGGAGAUUGGGCGGGGAAUCACGGCGACAACGGCGAAGCUCCGAAGAUUAGCAGAGCUUGCGAAACGAAAGACGCUUUUCGAUGACAGGCCCGUCGAGAUCUCCGAGUUGACGUAUGUCAUCAAGCAGGAUCUUGCGUCGCUGAACCAGCAUAUUGCCUCGCUACAAGCACUUACACUUUCGCAACAUCCAAAAUCCAACCGAUCAAAAACGGAUCAAGAGGGGGAGCAUAAUGAUAAUGUUGUGGUUAUGCUACAAGGCAAACUGGCAGAUGUGGGUGCCAAUUUCAAGGACGUCCUCGAGGUCCGCACCAAGAACAUCCAAGCUUCUCGUUCAAGGACAGAAAAUUUUGUCUCAUCUGUUUCGUCCAAGUCACAAGCUGCCCUGGACACCCAGCGGUCAGAUUCUCCUCUCUAUCCGUCCGGACGAAGAACACCACAACCCGGCGGCGCGUCGGAUCUUUUGACUUUAGAACCGUCGAAUCCGUCCCCUCUAGGCCGCCCAUCCAUGCAGUCCGAUCAGCAACUUUUGAUGAUGGAAGAGGCGGAGUCGAGUAACUCGUAUAUCCAAUCCCGUGGUGAGGCGAUUGACGCGAUUGAGAGGACGAUCAAUGAGUUAGGCGGCAUCUUUGGUCAGCUUGCACAAAUGGUCAGCGAACAAUCCGAAAUGAUUCAACGGAUAGAUGCCAACACAGAAGAUGUGGUGGAUAACGUUCAAGGCGCACAGCGCGAACUCAUGAAAUACUGGACACGGGUCUCUGGGAACCGGUGGCUAAUUGCGAAGAUGUUUGGAGUUCUAAUGAUUUUCUUUCUUCUCUGGGUGUUGAUAUCUGGAUAGACGAACGCACAUACUACUUGUUUUAAUAAUGUAUUACUAUCGGGCCCCAUUUCGUCUCCGCCCUUCAACGAAUGACGCAUAUCCGUUUAGGAUUGGCUGAUGCUCUUUCAUUAUCUCUCUUCUUUUUUUGCUUGUGUUGCAAUUGGCGCAGCUAGAUCUGGAUGUGGAUUUACUUUCUCUAAGCAGUGUAUCCAACUUUUCCUUUGUUUAAUUCAUCCCUGGUGCAUACCUGUGGUAGCAUUAUAGAUUGAAAUCAAUUUUGAAUGCCCCACUUCACAGGCAUACCUUACAAAUACGUGAUAGAGAGUUGUUUAUAUAUAUUAAUGGUGUAACAAUCACUGGAAUAAUAAUC